AUGCAUUCGGUUUGUUCGAGUAUUUUUAUUGAACCAGAAUGGAUCAAAGGAUUAUAUUUUCCAAAUGCAAGUCAAUAUGGAGUAUGGGAUUUUCGAACAACGGCACAUUCACAAUUUGAACUUUUAUCAAGUUUUUGUUCACUCUCAAAAGAAAUUAUUUCCCAAACUGAAACUGAUAUUGACAAUAAUGAACUGAUUACUCUUUACCUUCUUUCUCAAAAAGAAGUUCGAAUGCAAAUAAAUGGAACAAUUGACUUACUGAAGAAUAGUGCAUUGUCUCAAAUGAAAACAUAUUUAGAUUAUUUAGGAAACACGAUUCGAAAAAAUUAUUUAAUUUCAGCUCUCAAUACAAAUCUAAUAAUUAUGACAGAACAACGGUAUAUGGGACAACCUAUUAGUACACGUGCGCAUCAGGUAUUGUACUCUGUUGAUCCUUAUACAUACCCUAAACAAUGCGGUAAAGAGAAAAUACAAGUCAAUGCUACUCUCAGUCAAGUGAACUACGAAUUAAUCGCCGCCGGAAGUAGAAUCUCAAUGAAACCGAUGCCAAACUCUAAAAUUGUUAAUGGAUUCUUUACAGGAUGUACUCCUCUUGAAGCACUUCUUGAAAGUACAUUAGGUUGUUUAUAUCAGACAGAAUGUCUUCAACUAUUAAUGGAUUAUUUUCCGAUUCGUCAACAAAUAAAUUUCCAUGCAAAGAAUUCAAUUUUAACUUCAAAGCAUGAAAAUAUACCUGUGAAUGAAUAUUUAAAAAAUCUUUUCAUUAUGAAUUGGUCAACAGACACUGAUUAUACAAAAUAUUUCCACCAAUGUUCUCCAUCAAACUGUACAUAUUCGAAAAAAGAUCGAACAGAAUUAACUUAUGGAAUAACUCUUUUCAUUAGUCUUUAUGGUGGUCUAAUUAUUAUACUUCGUCUUAUUGCAUCAUGGUCUAUCGAUAUUCUAUCAAAAAUCAAAUGUUGUUCAAGAGAGAGAAAUGAAAAUUCAGAUGAAAAUGGAAAGAUAUUGAAAUUUAUUGAAUCAAUAAAACGAUUGAACUUAUUUAAGAAUGUUAUUGAUCGAACAGAAAAUGGUAUCAAACAACAAAAGAUUACCACAUGUGUUUAUUUGAUUUUAUUAACUGGUUCAAUCUGUAUCGUUUGUUUAUUCACGUCAUUAAUUAGUGAAACUAAGACAAUAAUUGAAAAAAAUCCAUCGUUAACAACUUACAAUUCUUUACGAGCCUUACAUCGCGCUUCACUCCAAUGUCCAUGCUUUAAUAAAACAAUACCUCAUCAAAAACUUGUCUUAUUGUCUCCGCAUUAUCAUCAAAUAUGUUCGAGUGGUUUUGUUGAUGAUGAUUGGAUUGAUAUGAUGAAAUCGAAUUUAUAUGAUAUUAUUCCUAAGGAUUGGCGUUUUCGUGCAUCUCCACUGUUUCAAUUGUUAUCUGACUUUUGUCAAUUAGCUAACGAAACGAUCAAUGAUGCUGUGAAACGAUAUCUUUCUAAAUUAUUUAUUGCUUCUUUUGUAAUGAACAAAGACGAUUUCAACAAACAACUAGAUUCCAGCCUCAGUCAAUUUUAUCGAUCAACAGUUCAUUAUUUUGAUUUGAUGACAAAUGCCUUACGACUUCUUAUGCAGACUGAUCAGUUGUAUAAAGGUCCACUCCGAAAUACUAUGGAUAAUUCGGACACCAAUCUAAUCGAAAAUGUUGUAGAAGAUAAAACAAAUAAAAUUCAACUAGUAAAGCGAAAAUUUAUUUUGAACGAAAUUACAGAAAUCAACUCAUCAACGACUAGAUGUGUUUGUGCAACUGAUCCUUAUUGUAAAGUUCCGGCUGUUAUUUACGAUAUUGAUAGGAAGCCUUGGGCUGGCUAUAUAAAAUGUUCAAUUUAUAAUGUAUCAGGAUGGAUUCAAGGAUGUCUUGCUAUGGAUUCUCUUCUUCUUUCAACACUUCAAUGUUUAUAUGUAGAUUCAGAUUGUUUUCCAUUGUUAUUGAGCUAUACUGGCAAGAAUGGGAAUUCUGGACAAUCAUCGCGUGUAAUUCAUCCAUUGAUUUAUAAUCCAACGAGCCGUUUUCCUCCGAAUACAACGAUAUCAGCCAUGUUUAAGGAAAUGAUGGUCGAACAAUGGAAUCCAUCUCCAUUGUAUCAAUCAUUUUAUGAAUCAUGUGCACCGAUUUAUUGUACUUAUCUACGAAAAAUGCGUACACAAUCUUUUGUAGGAGUGGUAAUAAAAUUGAUAUCAACAAUUGGUGGUAUUAUGGCUUUAUUACGAAUUGUGACACCUUAUCUUAUUAAAUUUAUUCUUAAAUUACCAACAAUAUGUAAGAAAAAGAAACAACAUCAACCAAGAGAACGAGUUCAACGUAGUUGUGUCGAUCGAAUGAGAAUCAUGAUACGAAAACUGAUUAAACUUUUGUCAACAACUUUAAUUGAAUUAAAUAUAUUUUCAACACGUGAUUUUGGAAGUAAUACUGAUCAAAUAACAGCUAAACGUUAUGGUCGAUGGGCAACUCGUCUUUAUAUUAUUUUAUUUCUUAGUUGUCUGAUUAUUCUUAUCUUUUAUACAACUAUUCGAUCACAUAAUUUAACAAAGACAUUUGACCAACCAUCUUUUAUUCGUUAUACACAUUUAAAAGAAAUUUAUGGUAGUAAACUAAAAUGCUCAUGUUCAAAAAUAACAUCAGCAUAUGAUAAAUUUCUUGAAAUUAAACCAGAAUUUCAUUCGGUUUGUUCAAGUGAAUUCAUUUCCGAACAAUGGCGAAUCGGUAUAGCAAAUGGCCUUGUUUCUAAUUUAUCUAUUUAUUCACAAAAAGAUUAUCGUCGAUUUAUUUCUGCUCAUAUACAAUAUCUUCAAGGAUUAUGUCGACUUUCUCAACAAUCAGUCAACAAUGCUGUUGAUGAAUCUCUAACAUCAUUAUUAGUCACUAUUGAACUUAUCUCUGAACAGAAUUUUUAUAAACAUCUCAACAACUCAAUUGAGCAAAGCAAAUCAAAUGCUCCUAUUUUAUUCUCUCGUCUUCUCUUCAUCACUCGAACUAUUAAUCAUGGAAAUGCUUACAUGUCAACAUAUGGUUCAAAUUUCGAAUAUAUUUCUUUGGUGACUAAAAAUGGCGGUGGUUAUGCAUAUACUGAAGGUAUGAUUUAUGAUAAUGAAUGCUCCUGUGGCUUGUAUUCAAACUGUACAAGUCAAGCGACUUUUGUCGACGAAAAUACUUCAAAAAUAAUACCAGUGAAAGGAUUAAAAAUAGGAUGUACACCAAGUGAAUCAUUUCGUUUAUCAACUCUUGAAUGUUUUUAUGAUCAAUCAUGUCUUAAUCUUAUUCAAAAGUAUACAAAUUAUCAUAAUUCUUCGACUCCUCUUUCAACAACCUCCAGUCGUUUUCCAGAGAAUACAACAACUGAUGAAUUAAUUAAAAAUUUAUUUAAUGAACAAUGGUUCAAUCAAU